AUGAUUGAUACGAUCAUAUAUGCGGAGGUGCCCCACGAAGUGGCUAUGGAGGCCUCUGGGGACAGUAACCUAGUUCACCCUGAGCUGUCUAUCCGACAUGCCCGUAACGAAGCUGCAGUAACAUCAGGAGAAGUAAUUUACGUAACCAAAGGGCAUAUCGAUGAGAAGCCUGUGCACCUUCACACUUAGAAAUAUUCUCCUUUUUAGAUACGUUCGUAAAUCAGCGAAUGUCAUUGCGCGACAAAAGCAUGGUGUGAGUGCUGAACAAGGUUUCUCAGGCCCAUCGAUUCUGAGGCCACCCCAGAAGCGCUGAUAAACCGAAAAGAAAAAAGAAGAAGCCGUAUUCGAAAUCGCCAAGUUGCCGAGGAGGUCAACGAAGUUAAGGCGACUUUUAGCGCGGCGGAGUGUCGCUUCAACAAAGACGUAAAGAUAAAAAUGUUUUGGAAUGAAUGCUGAUUUUAAAGUGGCAGAUGGUCAUCUUGAUUUUUCUCUUCAUUUAAAUCAUCUUACAGAGUCAAAAUUGAUAGGUAAAAUUUUCAUGGGGAAAUUAUAGGGCCUGUUGUAUUUUCAAUGUAAUUAUAAAUCAUAUAUCUAUAUCCCGCGAUAUUUUUUAUAUGGUUUGUCAACUCAAGUUUGAGGAUUAAAAAAAAAUUUUGGAACAUCGAGUUCGCCGUAUUAAUUGUCUGGACAACCAAGUCAAAACUAAUCGUAGGGACAAUCAAGUCCAAAGAAAAACAUUGUCGGAGCAGAAGAGCUCCUUUGACGAACUGGGGGCUCAGCCAGUGAUCAAAGUCCGUUCAAGGAGAACAAAAUCGCCGGUGUGCUUGUGUUGGUGAAGAACAAGAUCGCUGGUGUCAUCCGCUGGUUGAGGUAUGGUGAUCCAUGGUGAAAUCACUGACAAAAGGAAUCGAGAUAGCAAUUAGUACAUACGUCCACACGUAACAAGUACAUGUCGCACAUAUUUCCCUCGCUCUUAUAGGUCUACUCAAGCGUCGGGACAAUCAAGUCCAAAGAAAAACAUUGUCGGAGCAGAGGAGCUCCUUCGACGAACUGGGGGCUCAGCCGGUGAUCAAAGUCCGUUCAAGGAGAACAAGAUCGUUGGUGUCAUCGCUGGUGGAGGUAUGGUGAGACAUCAAACUGUACCAGAUAUAUUCAUGAAAGUUGUAGAUCGUCUGUCCACCCCGACUAUUUCUGGAAGGCAAGGGUGGCAUCGCUCCGGCUGCGCCAGCUCUUUCUACAAAAGAAUCCAGACACAAGCACACUUACUGGAUUCUUGAGCGUCUCGGACGACCCAACAGUUCUGAACCUCCAGCCAAGUCCUACGGAGAGAUUUAA